GAAGGAGAUGUUUGGCCUAAUUCUACAGCUGAAAUUAAUGUGAUUUUUAAACCACGAGAAGCCAGAGUCUAUCAGCAAACAGUCUACUGUGAUAUCUCAGGCCGUGAGACCCGGCUCCCCCUGCGUAUCAGAGGGGAAGGAAUGGGUCCCAAGCUCAUCUUCAGUUUUGACCAGCUAGAUAUUGGGAAGAUCUUCGUUGGGUCAACACACAGUUAUGAGGCAAUUCUGUCUAACAAAGGAGCCAUUGAUGCCCUGUUUAACUUGAUCCCUGCAUCUACUGCUCUUGGCUCUUGUUUCACCUUUGAUCCUAAGGAAGGCAUCAUUCUGCCAGGUGGGCUUCAAACCAUCCAAAUCUCGUUCAGUUCCACCAUCUUAGGAGAGUUCACGGAGGAGUUUAGGUUCAACAUAAAUGGAUCACCCAAGUCUGUGAACCUGACUAUUAGUGGCUGUGUUAUUGGACCCACAUUUCAUUUCAGUGUACCAUACCUAAAUUUUGGUGAUGUCUCUUUUGGAUUUCCUCGUACAUUAUCAUGUUGCCUCUGUAAUACAUCCUUGGUUCCAAUGACUUUUAACCUUCGUAUCCCCGGAGAUGGCCCCAGCGAUCCAAGUGUUACCAGUUUUGUUCAGAUUUCAGACAUCACAAGACCAUCCUGGAGGAAGGGACCCCAAGGAAAUGUCAAGUCAAAGGAAUUUACCAUAUUGCCUAGCAGUGGGACUAUCCGUCCUCAAGGAUUCCUGGACAUCCAGGUGACCUUAUGUUCCAACACUGUGAAGAAAUAUGAAACGGCGCUGGUGGUAGACAUAGAUGGCAUUGGAGAGGAAGUGCUAGCCCUCCUAAUUACAGCAAGAUGUGUUGUUCCACCGCUCCAUGUGGUUAACCCUGUUGUGAAAUUUGGGCGGUGUUUUCUGAAGUACCCCUACCAGCAAAUGGUGACACUCAUAAAUGACAACGACCUUUCAGCAUGCUAUGGAGUUCUCCCUCAGGAAUUUGAGGAGAAUCCCACUGUUUUGUAUUCCAGUCCUGUGCCUUGUGGUAUUAUUCAGCCUCACAGCUCUGUAGAAAUCCCUUUAGCACUAGAAUCCCAGGUGACUGGAGAGCAGGACACUACUGCAUACAUAGCUGUGUUUGGGAGCAAAGAAUCCCCACUGAAGAUCCAUUUAGUGAGUACUGGAGAAGGCCCAGUUAUCUAUGUGUAUCCCGCUCAGAUAGAUUUCGGCAACAUCCAGGUUUUAAAGGAUAUUUCCAGGACACUCCACCUCUCUAAUCAGACUGUUAUUCCUGCAUGGUUUCGGGCACAGAUGGUAAGUGUGCUGUGGGGCUAUUUUGAAAUGAAACUGUGACUUGGAAUGUUUUGAUUGUGACAGCCUGUGACCUGAUUUUUAUAUGCAUACUUCUCAAAAUUAUCUCAAAGAGAAAGCAAAAUGUGCAUGACUGUACACCAAGAAAACAGCUCUUGUUCUGCUCUUGCUUGUACCUGGGCAACCCCCAUUAAUGUCACAGAGUAUGUAAGAGCAGAAUUGGGCCAUUGCCCAUCUUUAUAAUCAUGCUCUUGCCUUUGAUGUAGCUCAGGGAGUUUAGCUGUGCUACUUGUGUGUAUGUACCUAUAUGAUGAAGUCAGAGGACAUCUUAUCUCUUUGUUCCUAAAAAGGUUGUCCACAUAGAUUCUCUUGUUGGGGCCAUACACAUGACUUCUGGCUUGUGCUCCAACUUUGCGCACAGAGCUUUAGCUACAUGGGACAUGAAAGACCUGCCACAUAUUAAUGAUGGGGAGAUGAGCUGGAUGUAUACUGAUUCUACAUGUACUGAGGGUCUUGGCAUCUGGGUCACUGAAUAGAAGCUACUUUGUGUUUAAACAUUAAACUAUACAAACAGUGAACAACCAAGAAGUUGAUACAGGGUCUGUGUAUUUUGUAGUGGCCCAAAGGAAGGCCACACAAAUGAUUAGAGGUUAUACAAGGAGAGGCUGAAGGACAUGGGACUGUUCAGCCUGGAAAAGAGAAGACUCUGGGGGGACUUAGUGGCAGCUAAGUAUAUAAGG